GAAAUGAGAUAUAAAUGUGGAUUCUAGAAUUUUUAGUUUCGGAGGCGGUCUCGCGGUCGAGGUAGUGAGGGUCCCGGCUUGACUUCGGUAAACGCGUUCUCCCUCAGAUGACUUAACGCGACGAUGAUUUUUCCAUUUCAAUUUCGAUGUCAAUUGAUGGAUAGAAAGAAGAUAAAAAGGCAAUUCUCAAAGUAUUGGCAUUUUGACAUUUUGACAUUUUGACCUUAUUGCUUUACUUUGCCUGCCACUUACGAUACCGUGUUAUCUCUCCAAAUAUGCCUCCGAUCGAUGAUGAGCUCCAUGAACGACUCAAAGCAGCUCUUUGGUUUUCAAUUGGAAAGAUCGUGGAGGAAGAAGCCGUGCGGCUCAAUUCAAAUGCUACGAAUCAAUUCAUCGGAGCAUUGACUGAGAUGGUAUGGCAUCAAAUAGAGAAUGUAACGAUGGAUCUCGAAAGUUUCUCCCGACACGCUGGACGAUCAACUAUAACGACGGAUGAUGUGUUACUCGUUACAAGAAGGAAUGAUGCCUUACACGAUAUCAUCAAGGAUUUCAUCGAUCAAGAGAAAGCGAAAUCUACCAAUGAAAAGGGAAAAGGUCGCACGAAGACCAAAUGA